UUUAAUUGAGAUUUGUAAUACGUCAAUCACAAUGGACACAAUAGACACAAUAGACAAUGCAAUGGAUACAAUAGAAAACUGUCCAUUGUCAAUUGUUAUAUCAAUGGAUAUGUCCAUUGCCAACACUGCAUCUUAUAAAGUAUAUUCAUAUUCCGUAAGUGUUUCUAUCAUAUUUCAUCUUAAUCAAAUAUAG